AUCAAAAAAUUGAAACAGCUAAGGAAAGAAAAACAGUCCUUCAUUCAACUCUCAUUCACUGUUCUCUUCUUCUCCUCACAUCACAUCUCUCUCUCCUUCCACCUAAAUCUAACUCCCUUUCCAUCAAACCCUAAUCCAACACAAAAUUCAGAGCAAUAAUCUCCAAGAAUCAAAACCCAGAAAUAGAAAUCAGCGGUUACUUUGAUCUGGUUGAGUAAUUUUUGACUGGCCCAUGAAGAUCUGUAAAAUCCCAUUUACAUUUCCGAAAUCUUGUACCCUUUAGCAUUCUUGUCAAUUUGCCUUAAUUUGGAUACCACACUGUUUGGUUUUUCUUUCGUUUUUGUGAAUUUGCGUUUGAAUCUAAAUGGGAGCUGAAAAGAAAUGGCUCUUCACCCUGUUCUCUGGUGCUUUCAUCACAUUCCUCAUAUUCUUGUCGUUUAUUUCGGGCUUCAGUUCCUCAUACUACUAUGCUUUUCCUCCCCACAAGGCGUUUCCUUCAACGGUUCAUCACGGGCCCGAUUAUCCUCCGGCCUUCGCCUACUACAUUUCGGGCGGGAGGGGGGAUGCGAGCCGAUUAUUCCGCCUGUUGUUAGCGGUUUACCACCCGAGGAACAGGUAUUUGCUUCAUAUUUCGGCUGAUGGGGCCGAUGAGGAGAGGUUGAGGUUAGGGGCAUUAGUGAAGUCGGUACCUGCGAUUCGGGCCUUUGGGAAUGUGGAUGUUAUUGGAAAGCCCGAUCCAAAUACUUAUAUGGGGUCCACGAAUCUUGCGGCUGUGCUGAGGGCUGCUGCUGUUUUGUUGAAGGUGGAUAGAAGUUGGGAUUGGUUUGUCACUCUGAGCGCGCUGGAUUAUCCCUUGAUUACGCAAGAUGACUUGUCCCAUGUGUUCGCCUCAGUUAGGAGAGACCUGAACUUCAUUGAUCACACUAGUGAUCUGGGAUGGAAAGAGGGUCAAAGAAUUCAGCCCAUUGUAGUGGACCCAGGUACUUACUUGGCCAGGAGGACUCAAAUCUUUCAUGCAACUGAAAAGCGGCCAAUGCCCGAUGCUUUCAGGGUUUUCACAGGUUCUCCAUGGGUUGUCUUAAGUCGGUCCUUCCUUGAAUUUUGUGUGUUCGGCUGGGACAAUCUUCCACGAACUCUUCUAAUGUACUUCACCAAUGUUGUUUUGCCACAAGAAGUCUACUUCCAUUCCGUUAUUUGUAAUUCACCAGAGUUCAAAAACACCACUGUUAAUGCGGACUUAAGAUAUUUUGUAUGGGACGAUCCCCCUAAGAUGGAGCCCCAUUUCCUCAACACCACAGAUUACGAUGAAAUGGUCAAAAGUGGAGCCGUGUUUGCGAGACAGUUUGGAAAAGAUGAACCAGUUCUGAACAUGAUAGAUAGAAAUAUCCUCAUGCGUGGUCGUAAUCGUGCUACACCUGGUGCAUGGUGCACGGGCCGGAAGAGCUGGUUGAUGGAUCCAUGUUCACAGUGGGAUGACGUGAAUGUUGUCAAGCCAGGACCGCAGGCUAAGAUGUUGGAAGAGUCCUUAAACAAAAUUCUUGAAGAUUGGAAAUCACAGUCAAAUACGUGCACAUGAUAAUGGUUUAUGGGAAGAAGAACAUCUGAAACUCGUGGACAUUGUCAACUGAGAACUGUUUGAGUAUACAUUCCGUUGGAAUGCAUUCUUUGGUGUUUGUGCGCUAUUCUUUUGGGGGGAAUUGUUCUUGUGACUCCAAGCUCGUUCUGUGUUCAUACAGGGGAUUGAAGUUGGAAGACACGGCACAAAACAUUUCCUGAUUCUUGGACCGUGUUGGGAGUCUGGCAGAAGUAUUUGUUGUACAGACACCAGUUAGUCUUCCAUCAAUACAAGGAAGUCCUCUCCGUAUGCAUCUGUACACUUACAAAACCCUACUUCGUCACUUUUUCGUUUUUUUGCAGCAUGUCUCAUUUUAUUGCCUCGUAGACUUUGAUUUGCAUGCGCAAAGAGCGCAUUACAGCACUUGGAUCCCUAGCUAAAGGCAAUUUAGGACGCUGUCCACAUAGAAAAGCAAUUGUAUCCUGAAACUGUUGUAAGAUUUCAUCAAUCAAUUUAAUAUAAAUGGAUGAUUUGAGUUGGGGUCCACAAA